AGACUAUUGGCUGGAAACAGCUCCGUUAAAUGGUCUAUAAUAGGGCAUUUCACUAAGCUGAUUGAACUACAACCCACCUUGAAUAAGCGGACAGCAUGCUACCACAUAUCUGAGGAUUUGGACGCGUUAUGUAUUGCUAUUAUUGACGUCAGUAAUGUAAAGAAACACAUAUCCCAUAUGCAGCAAGUCGUAAAGAAGUUUUAAACGACUUCCGGAAAAUCAUUCCAACCAGUUGAAAUAAAUGACCUUGCGCUAUCAAGAGAUAAUAUCUCUAUAGUUUGUGGCGAAGGCUACGAUGUGCUUAAUCGUCUUUGGUUCCUUAACUUAUGGCCUUGAUCAAUGAAAUAUCAAGCUGCGGAUUGUAUUGGCAUUAGCAGAUUUGAAACAAUUAACAAGAAAUACAACAAAAAGACGUACGUGACAAUGUGCACAUCCUUGCAAAUUCAGAUUCAAUUGGAACCAUAUAAAAAUUAUGAAAUGUCAUUUUUGAUCAAAAUCGUUUCGAGAAAAGCGAUUCAUAAAAAAAGAAGGUCAUUCAAGUUCAUGAAAAACUUUUGGACGGCAAGGGAUCUCACACGGCGCCAAAGAAAAAUCAUGACGAAUGGUCUAUCUUUCAUACUGGAUCUUUCCGAUAACUCCCUUGCGUCACGGCGCUCUUUAUUUAAUGAAAGAGAGUGGAACGAAAUUCAACCCUGUUCGACAAACAGCAUCACACCCUAUCAGCUCACCAAAGCAAUGGUGAUCAUGCAAAACCCUUUACAAUUACAGCUUCUAAUAGGGCUCAAGGAAUACCGGUCGUGCCCGAUGAUAGGCUCUUUGAAGAUGAAGUUUGCAGAUUUAAAAGGAGAUUAUCUCGUGAAUCCCUGGCUACAGAAAAGUUGACUGAAAGCAACGUACUGUACAGUCAAAGAUGUAAUAGUAAUAGUUGCUAGUACUCUGGAAUUGUCUGGUGACAUCAAAUGCUGUAUAAACUUGGUCAAAAAAGAGAUAGAAAGGUCUGAUUU